AUGUCUGCGUACGAAUUAACUAGUCUUGCCAGAUCAAUUAUCGAGUUGGGGGCCUUUGUGCACCAGAAGAAUUGGAAUCGGUUAUUAAGAGCAAAUUCAUUGGGCGUGCCGGCCCAGUGGACUGGUUCUGGUUCUGGAGGGGGCUUCAAUCCCCUGGGAGGUGCAGCAGCGGUGGCGCAGGCUUCCAUUGGAGGGAACGGUGGUGUCCUGCAGGCCUGCAGGACACUGAGAUUCUGUUCUGUAACUAAACGCGAGCCUCCCAGCGGCCGGGUUGACCCUACAAGCCCAGCUGCAAGUCUGCUGCCGCCUGCUGCCGCCUGCAGAGAGUCAAGUUUUUGCGACCCUUGUUUGGCGCCACCGUAUCUCAUCGAGUUUGUGCACACUGCCCCAACAUUGAGACAACAGCCGGGCUCUGAAGGCUGGCAGCGGGAAAAGAUGCUCCACUGGGGAGCAGGCGAAAGUGGUGUGGGUGGAUGGGCACCAGGCUGCUGCCCUCGUCGUGCUUGGCCCAGUGCCCAGUGCCAGUUGUCGUCGUCUGCCAUCCCCCGACCCGAGGGUUGUACCACCACAACCACCACCACACCACAAACUACCUCAGGUACCACGGUACCACGGCAUCCCCCCGGUCUCACGCCGCCUCUCUUCUCUUGCCGCUCUCAACUCAACUCUGGCCCUCUCGCUCGCACUUCGCACACACGCUCUCCCGCCCGCCUCGCCCUCGCCCAUUGCCACUACUUCUCGGCCACACUCUCCCACUACACUCCUCCCCGUCCUCCAUCCUUCUUGCAACAACAACAGCAACUCUCCUUCCCAGCCUUGGCCUUGGGGCCUUGUCGCCGUCACCUCCUCUUGACGCCGUGUCUUGCAUUACCGCCUUCUCUUCUCUUGCUACCCCUUCUUCACGAGCACAACUGCCUUUUUUUUGUUGCUUUUCUUGCUUCUCGUCCCUCGACCCGACGUUUCUCCCCGUCGCUCUCCUCUCGUGCUAGUUACCGCUUCACUGCUGGGUUCGACUUGCUUUUUGCAAUUGCAUCCAUUGUCCGUCUUGCACUUGCCUUUCGCCAAACCAAACACCCGCCGCGCCGUUCAUCACAUCCCCAAGUUCUCCAGCAGCCUGAACGCGCCAGAGCAUGCGGUGCUGGCAUGAAGGCCAACAGCGAUCGCCGACCCGUGGAUCCUCCCCCCGUUGUUGAGCUUCGCAUUGUCGAAGGCCCGUCUGUUGAGGAAGGCAAGGAUAUUACCUUCGACUACAACGCCAACUUCUUCCUCUACGCUAGCCUCGAGCAGGCCCGCCCCAUGGCCCAUGGGCGUGUUCAAACUCCCGCCACCCUCAAUCCUCCCAUCCUCACUGGUGUACCCGCCUCUGGCAUGGCCUAUCUCGAUAGACCACACGAGGCCGGCUACUUCAUCUUUCCCGAUCUUUCUGUCCGCCACGAAGGCUAUUUUCGUCUGUCAUUUAGUUUGUUCGAAACCACCAAGGAGGAAAAGGACUUUGAUCUGGAACCGACCUCUGAUAUGCCUCCUGGCGUCGACUGGCGCAUGGAGAUCAAGACAGUCCCUUUCAACGUCUUCAGCGCCAAGAAGUUCCCUGGCCUGAUGGAGAGCACCACCCUCAGCAAGAUUGUCGCUGACCAAGGCUGCCGGGUCCGAAUUCGCCGCGAUGUUCGUAUGAGAAAGCGAGACGCCAAACCUGCUGCUGCCAGCCAAGACGCCAGAGAGGAAGCCUAUCGGAAGCGUCCGCCUCCCACCAACAAUCCCAACCCCCGCGACAGAUCUCUCAGCAACUCGAGCGAGCAUCGCCCUCACUAUUCAGUCAAGCCCGAGCGACGCCCCUCUGCUGCAGAUUCGCACUCAUCUCACGCCUCGCACCAACCCGCCUACGAACACUCUGCUCCUCCGGCCCGCCAUCUUUCCUUUGGCAGCGACGCGCCGCCACAAGCUCGCACGCCUUCGUCUCUGCCUCCCACAAAUCAUCAUCCCAUCGCACCACGGCCGCAGUCGAGCCACAUGCCGCCCUUGGCCGGCCCGCAACACGCCCACCAAAUGGCCCCGUAUCCGGAGCCGGACCGUUCUUACAGGCACUCCAUUACACCCCGUCCGUGCCCAUCGCCUUCGCUGUCCAGCAAGCCAGACGCCUACGAACCGAGACCGAGCAUCAGUCACAUCCCGCCGUCGCCUUCCUCGUUCUCGUCGGGCGAUUAUCACUCCAGACGUGGCUCAUGUGCUCCAUCUCAUCCGCCUACGCCAACCCAUUACCCCCGGCGGCCUCUGCUUCCGCAGCCGUCACCGUCACUGUCGCACGCACCGCUCAAGAUUUCUUCGCUCAUGUCGCCUCUUCCGCCUAUUGAAGCCGAAACAGAAGCCUUGCCUCGUCUGCCAAAUAUCCCUACUGGCGGGAAGCGCAAACACGAAAUUGUCUUCCACCAGACCUCGGGCUCCUUGCACAACGGCCAGCGCCAAUCCGAGCCACACUACAGGAGCAACCCACGAUAUUAUCCUGAACCUGAUUUUUCCAUGUAUUCGAGAGCUGAUGGCGAGAUUGGCUAUGUUCGAUUCAACUCAUGCCAGUAA